CUCGUGACACGCCGCAAGUUUAAGGGCGGAUUAAGGAAAUUCGAGGUAAUUACCGAGGAUAUUUAAUUCGGGAGAAUUUAUUCCCGUCCAAUUAAAAGAGAUUAAACGCAGGAAAAAUCGAAUAAAAAAGAAAAAAAAAAUUAUCUAAUAAAAUAAAAUAAAUAAUCAAUAAUACAAUAAAUAAUACAAAUACAUCUCGGCGAAAAGAGUGAAAUUAUAUUGUAUUAAAUGAAAACAAGAAGUGAAAGACAAAAUUUCUUAAUUGAAAAAAAAAAUUGUUUCGUUUAAUUUAAUUGAAAAAAAAAAUUACUAAAUUUAAAUUAAAUUAGUUCUGAAUCACUUCGGGUGAUCAAUAAAUUUUUCAAGUGAACGCGUUCAAUAAAUUAUUAAUUUUUUUUUAUUUUUAAUGGAAUCUAAUGAGAUGUAUCGAAUGAACAGUGAGACUUUAAUGACAAAAAUGACGAGAAAUAAACAAAUUUACGGAAUAAAAAUUUAUAAUUGAAUAGAGAAAAAGUAGGGAAAUUUAUCGAAUAAAAAAUUUAAGGGGGAGUGAGCACUACGUGAGUGAAAAAUGAGGAAAAAUAAUUGACCGUUGAACACAAAUUUUCUCGUGUAUCAAUAAAAAGUGAAAUGCUCGGGGUGCGAAUGCCUCCAACCGCGAACCCGAGGGGAUUCGGUUUAUGAGGCGUCGAGGGUAAUCACACAAUGACGGAAAACGACGAGGGGAUGAAAAUAUUGAUGGAGUGAAUUUUCUCCCGUGGAUCAAAGUCGAGAGGAGGAAUGGGCCUUGGGGCCUUUGACGUAAUACUCGUCCUUGUUUCCACUUCGGGCCUUCUUCUCAAUGCCUAUGUACUACUUGUUGCGCUUGGCCUCAAUAAAGAAACUCAGCAACAACAGACAGCCAAUACCGUACUUCUGUUAAUACACCUUGGAAUUGUGGAAUCAGCUGUUUGCCUUGCGAUAUUGGUGUUCAGCAGUGGUGGAUGGCCAUUGGCAGGACCCUGGUGUACUUUAUAUGGGUUUAUAUUCAGUGUGCUACAUCCUGUUGGACUUUGGACAGUCACCGGUCUCAACUGUGACAGGUACUACGCGAUAUCAGCACCUCUCCAUUAUACCGCGGUGGUGUCCAGGAGACGCGUCAUCUUCGGCCUGACAACAUCCUGGAUUUUUCCCGUCCUCCUCUGCCUCCCCCCCCUAUUCGGCAUCGUCACCCCCUACAGAUACAAUUCUGAUUUCGGAUGCUGCGUUCCGGAAUUCACCAACUCCCGGAGCACCGUCGGCAUAAUUUACGCGAUAAUUUACAUUUUACUCGGCCUAAUGCUCCCAGUCUUCCUCGUGACACUCUGCAAUCUCCGGGUACUCGGAAUAGCUAGGUAUCAUCGACACAGAAUAGCCAGUGCCAUUUACGAAGUGACAUUGAGCGCUCAAGUCACGAUAACACACCAGAGGAAUCCCUUCUACGUGCCAACAAUAACAGCACCUAGUGCCGGGGGACCACCGAGAUUUCAUAGCGCUGCCAGUACUGUCAUGCAACUUGUUGUUCCUCUUUACCUCCUCUACUUCCCGUACUGCGGAUUAAUUUUGUGGGAGGUGUGCAGUGGUGCAGCUGUACAAAAUGGCCCAAAUAUACACAUGUGGAUAGCGUCCUUGGCCUCACUACUGUUAGCCCUCUCACCUCUGAUUAAUGGAAUUCUCUAUGGAGUUAAGUCACGAACACUUAGGAGAUCUUUUCAGAAUUACCGGAGGAAAAAAGUCACAAAGUCAGAGCUUCAACAGGAGAUACAGGCGAGAACACCGAGUGCAGCUGGCUCUAGGCGAGCAUCAGGGAGUGGUCCCGUAUCAUUAUUUCCAUUUCCACCCACUCAGCGACGUCUCAGUGAGGCACUAUUUUAUUUAGGUACUAAUUCAAGGGCUCAGGGCUUUGACAGUGAAAAUAUCAGGGGUUUUAGCAAAAGUAGAAUGCAGUUUGCUUCGUGUAAUACACUACAAGUACCUACAUCUGAUCCAGGUGAUACCGGAAGUAAACCCGUACGAACCAGCGCAAGUGCAGCAAAUCUGGUAGACCAGGCGUAUCGUCAAGAUACCACAAGUGUGACGCAAUACGAUACAUACCCAAAUUCAUCAAAACGCAGCCCCCGUAUACUCAUCACACGUACAUACAGCAACGAGAGCCCCGAGGGUGGUAGUCCCCUCCUCAAACGCAACCCCCCAACAACAAACUCAUCUACCACAUCAAACGACACAAAAAGAUGGAGGAAUGCGAGUGCUGGCAGUGACAGCAGCACUGGUAGCAGUGAUUACAGCGUUUGGACAACGAAAAUAUCCCCAAAAGGUAAUAUCGUAAAUUUCAAAAAUUCGGUGGAAAAUUGGCCGGUGGGGAGGCGUUUCACACGUGUCAAGACACUUGAGGAGGGGGCGACGAUGUUCGCGGGCAUAAGGAGAAGCAACAAUAGUGAGAGCAGUGAUACCACUGAUACAACAGCAACAACUACAACAUCGACACUACCGUCCAGAACGACUGUUCCCACGACAGAAGAGACGCACCCUAAGGAGGACAGAAGGGAGGAGCCGAAGGGCGGGGAGAGCGAGAGUGAGUCGCCAUGGUCGAGUGGAGAUGAGGAGAAUGGAAAAUUGAAUGAGUAUAAUGAUGGAAAGAUUAUUCACGAUGGUAAUAGCACUGAGGGUGAAAUUGUCAAGGACAUUGAUUGCAGUGAGACCAGAAAGUACAAGAGACGGAGGAGGGACAAGGAAAAAAUCAUAAGGGAGGAGGGGGUGGGGGGUGAGCGUAAGGGUGGACUGCAAUUGAGGCCUCUACUCACACCGUCUUCUUAGGCAAAUAAAGAUUAUUCUCGUACUCCUUAUCGAUCGUAAAAUUUAUUUUUCCUGAAUUCUAAUUUUUUUUGUAUUAUUAUGUCCAUAUCUGCUCGUAGGGGAGGGGGAGGCAAAGGCAAAAUCAAAAAAAGACGAUCUGUUUUGCUCCGAUUGAUGCAAUAUUACGAGGUGACAUGAAUAAUGAAUAUUGAUACACGGAUCGAUCCAUAAUCGAUUAAAAUUGAUCGAUUGAUGAAACUUGAAUUUGGAAUUUUCUCAAACAUUAGCGGGGCAAAAUGGGCAGUUUGUUUUUAAAACAUUUUCCAAUUUUUUUCUCCUUUUUGAGACGUUUUCUAAUUUUUUUUAGAAGAUUUUGGAGCUUUCGAUUAUUUUAUACUUUGACUCAUUUUGCCCCGUAGCAUCAGAUUGUCAAAAAAAAUAUUAAAAGGAUCUGGAAAUCGACGGAGGAUUUGUGAUAACUGACUUCAAAAGUUUUUCCAUUCAUUUUUGUGUAAAAAUUACCGAAAUUAAUUACACGAAAAAUUCCCUCUCCCUUCCCCUUUGGAGCAGAAAAUUCAAAAGAUAUAUUAUUUAAAAAAUUGAAAUUAGAACCAAUUUUGAAGUUCCAUAGACGUAAAUUGAUCCGCACAUAUCCCAGAAAUAAUAUUUUUGUACUGAAUCUCAGGAAUCCGAGUGAAAAACAAUCAACAAAAAUGUAAUAAGAAGUAAUGGUGAAUGAUAAGAAUGAUGAAAAGCCUCGGAAUCACAGAAAAACAAUUUUUAUCCAUUGAUUUUUUUUCCUCUCGUGGUAAUGUAAUAUAUCUCACGUAUAUCAGAGUGAUAAAGUGUUUUAUGUGCGUGAAAAUUGAGUUGAAUAUGGGAGCGACGGAUACGGAGUAUCUUCAGGCGUUUUAUUCGAAUGACUGUGGACCCCCUCCUCUCUCUGCACACGUAGAAAACACGUGUUUUAUGCCAGUGAAUCAAUCAAAUUCACUGGGAUGUUGAGGGUAUCACAGUGGAGCAGCCCCUGCGGUGAAAUUGCUUUUGAAAAAAUUAGAGGGAAUUUUUUUUGAAUUUUUUCACUGACAUUGUCGAGAUCUCCCUGAGGAUUCCGUCUGGCUGUCUCACAUUUUGAGUCGAGGGGUAACGGAAGUGGUCGGAAAAUUCUAAUUUUCCCAAUUAUUUUCUUUCGAUUAUAUCCAAUAUCGACAUCGGAUCUAGGACAAAAUAUAUUGCCAACCAAAAUAUCAGCAAAGAUAUAUUGGAUAAAUAUAUUUAGUCCUAAAAUAUAUUUUCAGAAUUUUUUAACAGCCAAAUUAAAAUAUUAUAUACAAUAUAUUAUACAAUACAUAAUAUAUCAUAUAUAAUAUAUCAUAUAUAAUACAUAAUAAAUCAACCUGAACACGACAACUUGUUGAAUGAUUUCAGAUUUUUGUACUAAAAAAAAAUUCAAUUCUCUAAAGUUCAUUUCACAGCAGAGGCCCUCCCACUCCCCAUAGCGAAAGAAAUUGUUGUUGUUGUUGUUGACAAAUAAAAAAAAAUCAUCGGGAGAUUAAGAAAAUAUUUCUCGCUGGCUGAGAAAGACAUUCAUGUAUCUGUGUACUUGACAGUUGUAAAAAAAAAAAAUAACAACAAGAUUAACGAUAAAUUAUUGCGAAGAUAAACAAAUGUUUAGUCUCUUCCGUUGGUGUUGAAAAAAUAUUUGUUUGAGAAUAAAGAAAAUUGAGACUGUA